GAAAAAGAAAAAGGUAAACGCGACGACCUAUUUGCGUUCACGAAUGCCACGAAAUGAGAGAUUUCCGAAAUAAUGAGCCUGAUAACGGUGUUCAUUCGUAACUGGCUAAUCUAGGGCAUAAAAAGCGUAAACAAAGAGCGAUAAAAAGUGCUCCUUAUCAAUUUCGAGUGCUAUUAUGAUUCAUAAUUGUCCCGAAACAUUUCAGUUUUCAUGAACAUUUCGGCGACAAAAACUUGCGGUAGUUUUCGUGUAAAUAACACCUGCAGUUUGGUGCCGAUGGUGUUUUUUUGAGAAGCAUUUACUCUGCCAGUGUAUACCCCAAUUUAUUGCCAUGAAUGCCAUGAACUUGAGCACCCUGGACAGAAUCCAGCUGGAAAUCAAGGAAUCAAUUCAAAGAGAGAAAGAGCUGAAGAAUGGUCUGACCCAAUCAAACCCCCCUAGUCUCAAUAUCAACGAGUUUCCAAUGGAAAAAAUCAUAUCAACAGCCGACACCAAAUCAGGCAGCAACGGCUUCCGAAAGUUCACUCAGAAUCACUCCAGCAAUAAGGGGCUGAUGCACAAGUUCCUAAAGUCGCGUGGAAAGGUCGGCAUGACAUCGCUCAAUAACAGCAAUAAUCAGAGCAACUGGUCGUCGGACGCGGCAUUUAAACCGGCCAAAAUACAAGUGGCAAAAGGCGGAAAAUCAUUGAGAAACGGCUUUGUAUCGGCUGAGGAAAAAAUGAAGAAGGAGUUACAGGAGUUUCAGCAGCGGGAGUCACAGCUGAGGGAAGAGCGCAAAAAGAGCCAGCCCAAUCUGAUGGCCGCCCUCCAGUUGGAGCAGGAGAAUGAGUUUGAAUCGUUUGGGUAUGGUAUGGGUGGUGGAUUGAAAGCCACCAAGUCGAUGGCCAAUCUUUACAACAACAGCGAUGAUGGUUUUGAGGACAACAGCAGUUCGGCCGGAGGCAGUUUGAAGCCGGCGAGGUCGUUAGCGGAAUUAUGCGACGUUUCUGAUGACGAAAGUGGACUACCUGGUACGCAUUCGUUAAUAUUGCAGUUCGAAAACAUGCAGUUUAAAAACAGGCCAUCUUCACAGUCCUCAAGGGGCUCUUCCAGGGAUUAUUAAUAAUGAAAGGUGAUAAUAAUUCGCUGUUAAUAACCAUAUAUUUUUUGCUUAAAGCUGAAUGGUUCUCCGGCACAAUGAAGUACUUUUAGUACAGUUUUUAUUGGCACAAUUAAGUACUUUUAGUCUAGCACAUCGCUUUACGCGUUUUUUUUAUGCGAAUUAUUUUUUUUACUAUUGGGUCUACUUAGUAAAAUAUUCCGUCUCAUUAGAAACGCCUAAGCUUCAUUUUGAAAUUAUUUCAGUUCGUUGCCAACUGAUUUGCAUUUAAAUAAUUUUGUUACUGGAAAGUAUGUAUUCGUAAUUGCCAAAAAACACUUGUUUGGUGUGUUUCUGGGAGUAUUAAAAAAACUACCUUGCUGGGCUGCUUCAUGUCCUAAAAAGCCAGAAACCUUCAAAUUUUCACUGUUACGUUGGUUGAAAGUCUAAUAUGUUGCAAAGAAUGCUUUCAAACUAGCAUUCAUUGUUGAAGUUUUAGUCGUCAUAAACAUAUUUUAGCUAUUUAUACACAUGUUAAAUUUAAGAAAAUUCCUGGGGAUUUUAGGGAAAAUUAAAUCAUCCCUAGAGUCUGGUAGGUUUUAAGAAAUCCAUGCAGUAUAUGAAAAAAUUGCGUGCCUUAUUGACAGCCACUGGUGAUAACGUACUUAAAAAAUUUACAAAUUAUUAUUGAUGUUACUGUUCCUAUAUUUAUACACACAUAGAAGUAUUUUUGAACCUGCCAAGAAAAGUAUGUACCUACUUAGUAAAAGUCUUCCUAUGCGUCCUAGAUGUGUAAACUAUCUGUUAGUCUAGCAAAUGUUAGUAAUUGUAGGAAAAAAGCAAUUUUCAAUUAUGUCCGUCCCUAUACAGGGGUUUGCAUCUUGCAAUUUCCAUGAUUAUGUACCCCGUAUGUUUCAUCAAUUGUUAUUUUUCCUACAAUUUGCGUGAAAAAUAUUUAUUUAAAUCAUUAAUGAUGAUGUGCAUUAAAAUCAUACCGUCCAUUGUUUGGAAGCUUUCCAAAAGCCAAAUAGUAUUUAUUUUAUUUAUUUCUUCUGUAGCCAAUAAAUUAAAUAUGCGAAAACUAA